AUGCUCCUGGACGCCGGCCCCCAGUACCCCGCGAUCGGCGUGACCACCUUCGGCGCCUCCCGCCACCACGCGGCGGGCGACGUGGCCGAGCGGGACGUGGGCCUGGGCCUCAACCCGUUCGCCGACGGCAUGGGCGCCUUCAAGCUGAACCCCAGCUCGCACGAGCUGGCCUCGGCCGGCCAGACGGCCUUCACGUCGCAGGCGCCGGGCUACGCGGCGGCCGCGGCGCUCGGCCACCACCACCACCACCACCCGGGCCACGUCGGCUCCUACUCGAGCGCGGCCUUCAACUCCACCCGGGACUUCCUGUUCCGCAACCGCGGCUUCGGCGACGCGGCGGCGGCCGCCAGCGCGCAGCACAGCCUGUUCGCCGCCUCGGCGGCCGCGGGCGGCUUCGGGGCCCCGCACGGCCCCACGGACGCCGCGGGCCACCUGCUCUUCCCCGGGCUGCACGCCGAGCAGGCGGCGGGCCACGCGUCGCCCAACGUGGUGAACGGGCAGAUGCGGCUGGGCUUCUCCGGGGACAUGUACCCGCGGCCCGAGCAGUACGGCCAGGUGACCAGCCCGCGCUCCGAGCACUACGGCGCCCCGCAGCUGCACGGCUACGCGCCGGUGAACGUGAACAUGGCCGCGCACCACGGCGCCGGCGCCUUCUUCCGCUACAUGCGCCAGCCCAUCAAGCAGGAGCUCAUCUGCAAGUGGAUCGAGCCCGAGCAGCUCGCCAGCCCCAAGAAGUCCUGCAACAAAACUUUCAGCACCAUGCACGAGCUGGUCACGCACGUCACCGUGGAGCACGUCGGCGGGCCCGAGCAGAGCAACCACAUCUGCUUCUGGGAGGAGUGCCCGCGCGAGGGCAAGCCCUUCAAGGCCAAGUACAAACUGGUCAACCACAUCCGCGUGCACACGGGCGAGAAGCCCUUCCCCUGCCCCUUCCCGGGCUGCGGCAAGGUCUUCGCGCGCUCCGAGAACCUCAAGAUCCACAAACGGACUCACACAGGGGAGAAGCCCUUCAAGUGCGAGUUCGAGGGCUGCGACCGGCGCUUCGCCAACAGCAGCGACCGCAAAAAACACAUGCACGUGCACACGAGCGACAAGCCCUACCUGUGCAAGAUGUGCGACAAGUCCUACACGCACCCCAGCUCGCUGCGCAAGCACAUGAAGGUGCACGAGUCGUCCCAGGGCUCGCAGCCCUCGCCCGCCGCCAGCUCGGGCUACGAGUCGUCCACGCCGCCCACCAUCGUGUCCCCGUCCACGGACGCCCCCGCCGCCAGCGCCCUGUCGCCGCCCGCGCCCGCCGUGCACCACGCCGCCGGCCACGGCGCGCUCUCCUCCAACUUUAACGAAUGGUACGUGUGA